UCUCUCUCUCUCUCUACAUCUCAUUUUUUAAACCUUUCUCUCUCUAACAUUCUGUCUGAAGAGGUUUUGAACAUUAAAUCUAUCGCUCCGCUCGUUGUCUGUUUCCGUUUCAAGAUAUUCGAGUAAAAAAAUCAAGAUUCGCCCUAAUGAAAGGGCAAAUGAAUCUAAGCUUCGAUCAUGGCUCCACGUCAUCAUCGUCGAACGAUGCUGUCAUAGAUUCCCAUAUACCCUGGAACAACACCACCAUGCAAAACCCUCCUCAAAAUCUGCUCCCAAAUUACCGAACACCAUCAAACGAGCCCAUUAACAACACUCAAUAUCUUCCACACCUAAGAAACAGAAACGAGGGCCGUGUUUUUUCUGAGUGGAGCUUCGGCGAAUCUAGCUCUGCUGUGCCACAUCAUCAUCAUCAUCGUCAUCAAGAGCUUCCAUACCCAUUGGACAAUGCCAAUUUAAAUGCCUCUAAUGGGCUUCCACAAGAUCUUAAUAUGAGUUCGGGUUUUGAAAAUCAAGAAGAUAACGAGUGUCGGAUAAUCGGAUCGUCCAACGAGCAGACAGGGACUUCUGUGGGCCCCACCAAUCCUUUCAAUUAUGAAUAUACGAUAGACGAGAGUCGACGAAUGACUUCUUGCAAGAGAAAGGCCGAAAAUUCGAAUUCAAAUUCUAAUUAUCAGAACACUAACGGAGGAGCUGAGGUGGCGAAUCCGAGGCUCGUGAUUGGUGGUGGUGGUGGUGGUGGAGCUGUUGCCGCCCGCAGAAACUUCAGAUUGAGGAUCAACGGAUUCCAAAUGCAACAACAACAACAAGAUCAAUCUACACUCGAUAAUCCGUUUUUAACAACACAAGUUUCAUCUUCUUCGAGAUUAGCUCCAACGAAUCCAGCCCAUCAUGCGGUGGAAAACGGAAGCUUUCUUAGCGGGCAAUCGGUUCUUCUUCAAGCUUCUUCUUCUUCUUCUGCUCGAAGGAAUCAUCAGUCUAGGUGGAGCGGAGCAUCCAGCUCAAGAAAUGGCGGUUCGUAUGAAGAAGAACCCGCGUCUCGGAAUAUUCCGGGGAAUAUUCUGAGGAGUAUUUCGGAGCAUCCUAUGUUUGUUCCAGCUGGUGAGAUAGGAAAUUCGUCUUCUAUGAAUUGGAGUUUGGGUGGUAAUAAUAAUAUUAAUAAUAAUAAUAAUAGUAAUAAUAAUAAUAAUGGCAUUAAUGGAAAUGUUGCGUCUAGUUCUCGGGUGGGCCCCAGUAGUAGAGGGGCAAAUGCGGGUCCUAGUUGGAACAAUAGGAGUUGUCCGCAGUAUCCUAGGAGACUGUCUGAAAUUGUUAGGAGAUCGCUGACAUCAUCGGCGGUACGAUUAAAUUCUGCUGCCACCUCACAAGAGACGGCACUUCCAGUGGGACCCGAUAAUCGUGGAUCGAAUUUGAGGUCGGGUUUGUUGGGGAGAAAUAUUGAUGCUGCUUUUGGUGUACCUUAUUCCCUCAGGGCUUUAGCUGCUGCAGGUGAAGGAAGAACCACCAUAAUGUCCGAGCAGAUUCGCCAUGUGCUGGAUCUCAUGCGAAGAGGCGAAGGCUUAAGAUUUGAGGAUAUGAUGAUGCUCGAUCAUUCGGUCCUGUUCGGGAUGGCUGAUAUUCACGAUCGACACAGGGAUAUGCGAUUGGAUGUCGAUAACAUGUCUUAUGAGGAAUUAUUAGCCCUAGAGGAUCGUAUCGGAAAUGUGUGCACUGGAUUGAACGAAAUAACCAUAAAAAAUCGUCUGAAGCAACGCAAGUAUGUAGAAAGACAAACACAAGAUCAAGUGGAGACGGAGCCUUGCAGUAUUUGUCGUGAGGAAUAUAAAGACGAUGAAGAUCUUGGAACGCUCGAGUGCGGGCAUGAUUUUCACAAAGACUGUAUUAGCCAAUGGCUCAUGCAAAAGAAUAUUUGCCCCAUUUGUAAAACAACGGGUCUGAAAACUUGAAGGAAGCUUCGCGGUUUUCUUCAUUCCUUGCUUAUUUUUUUUUUUUUUUUUUUUUUAAUUAUUCUUUUUUUUUUUUUUUGCAAUCCUAAAGUAUCUCUCAUGUUGAGGAUAGAAUGAUUCUUGAAAAAAGUAGAAACCUUAUUCAACAUCACAUUUAGCCAACAAUUGGCAUUAGAUUAUUGAAAAUUUCAACUUAUUCAAAUUAUUGUCGUACGUUUACGUGGUUUUUUAUGGAUUCGUUCGUGAUGCAAUUGUUUAA